UAUUCCUCAUCUUUGUUCCAUUCAUGAAGCGGCGGAGCUCUCCGGUAACCGGGAGCCUCACGGAGGACUGCGGGCCCUUUAAGGGUUAUGUAGCGGGGCAGCCGAUGUAGGACGAGCCGACCGUCCGCCUCCUGCGUCCCGCUGCCUCCAUCAUGGCCUCCACACCGACACCGACGCUGCCGACCAUGAAGCGACCAGCCAGCGGCCCUGCCCUUCCCGGAGCGGAGACGGACGUCAAGCCGAAGCAGAGGCACCGGUAGAGGCGAGCCGCGCCGGGGAGAGCCGCCUCACAUCCCGCCCCCCCGGUCUGCUCCAUGCCUCCGUCUAAAGCCAAGAACAGCGAAUCCAUAAAGAGGGGCGCGAACCCGGGCGGCGGCGGCGGCGGCGGAGCCAUGAGCACGGACCGGGAUUAUUCCGUUAAUCUGUCGGUGCAGCAAGUGCUGAGCCUCUGGGUGCAGGGAACGACGCUGCAGCACUUCACAGAGAUGUGGUACUGGGUGUUCCUGUGGUGCCUCUUCUCGUCGCUCUUCGUCCACGGGGCCGUCGGCCUGCUGAUGCUGGUGAUGCUGCAGCGCCACAAACGAGGCCGACUCAUCACCCUGGUGCUGGUCAGCGUCGGCUUCCUGGCCUCCCUGUCUGGAGGAGUCAUCACCAGUGCGGCGGUGGCCGGGGUUUACCGGGUAGCGGGGAAGGACAUGGCGCCGCUGGAGGCUCUGGUGUUGGGCGUCGGUCAGACCGCUCUGUCUGUGGUCAUUUCAUUCUCGCGUAUCCUGGCAACGCUGUGAGGAACCAGCCGGAACCGAUCAGAGGCUUCCAGCUGUGGAGCUUUGGGGCUGGAUGCAGGACAGAGCGCCCCCCAGUGUCUCUGCAGCGUCACUGCUCAGAGGGAACUCCACCAGGACGCUCCUAAAGCCAUUCUUCUGUGUCCAGAGUUCAGUUCUUGGUGCCAAAAGCCUUCUCCGGACAUCCAGACGCCUUCGUGGCCCUUUGAGACUCCUGAAGGCUUCUGUUGGAGAAAGAAAUGUAUUUUUUAACCCGUGGAACAAAACACAUGAUCCUGAGAACAAAGCUGAUGUUCGUGGAGCCGACAGCGUUCAUGAGCAGGAACAGCAGUGUUAAACAUCACCUCCAUCCUUUGGAACGGCUUCAGGAGCUGCAGCAUCAAACUCCAGAAGAAGCUUGGAGGUUUGCACAAACCAGUAGAGGAGAAAACCAGCAGCAGCGCUACGUUUGCUUUGUCCUGAUGAAAUAUUAAAUUUACUGUGUGCCAACAACAAACUGAGUGGAGCUGAAGCAAAGUUUUAGGUAAAAUGUCCGGUUGCUUCCUGUCAGAGUUAAAGCUGCAGUCAGUAGGAACCACUGAAGGUUUGUAGGAAGGAGAAGAUGUGAGAUAUUCACACAAAUAUAAAGACAGUCCAGCUAAAAGUCAACUUUCAGUGUUUUCACCCAGAUUCAAAGCACCUGAAGGCUCAGCUGGACUUUCUAUUAGAGAUGUCCUGAUCAGAGAUCAAUACUGGGGCUGAUCAAUCUGGUUUUUAACUUCGGCACGAACCUGAGAAAUGUUCUUUGUUUACAUCAAACAUUGUAAACUGAGAACUCAAACUGGACGGACAAUAGAGACUCAAACUUUUUUAGAUCGAUAAUCUACAGCAUUAUUAAUCAGUUCCUAAUCAAUAACACAAAGUGAUGAUGGCACUGUUUCAGUCAUGUACUUUAAAAGGCUGUUAAAUGUGUGAUUGUGACAUAAAAACUAGUUAAUUCCAGCUCGAGUAAAACUCACCAGCUCUGGUUGGAGGCCAUUAAGUAUAACAGAAGUCUUUGUCAAUUUCCUCAAUAUUUACAGCAAUAUCAAUCAAUAAUUGACCUAAAUUCAGCUCAAUAAUCAUAUAUCAUGUUGUUGCCAAAGCAGCUGACUCGCCUUCAGAGCCACAAAGGCAGCCAUGAUGUUUGUUAAUGAGAUAUAUUAAGGUACAUAUUCCUCGUUGAUCCUUUAUCAAAUGACUAUUAACCUCCUCAGAAGUCUUUGUCAUGGUGCCCGUUGCCAGCUAAACUCCCAUAAUGCUCUCUGCUUUAACAUGAACUGUAGUCGAAUGGUGCGUCUCCUGACGCAUCAUGAAUCUUUCGUCAAACGUCUAAACUCGCUGUCGCUGAACUAAAACCAGGACAGAUUCAGCAGCUUAUUUCUCACCUUAAAUGCUUUCAGAAAUACUUUUUGCUGAACUGUUUUCGUAAUAAAUAACAAUAGAUAACAGAGAUAAUAAUAAUAAUAAUAAUAAUAGAGAAAAUCUGCGAAUGAGUUGCCAUGUUGGUCCGACGUUUCUACCAGACUGAAGCUCAAAGCGCUGUCAUGUGACCACCUAGAAGCCUGAACAUGACCCGCCCAUAAAGCAGGAGAUAUUUGGAUGCAAUGCGUUUAAAUGUGGGAAAAUCUUGUGGACAUGUAGCCUGAGUGGCGCCUCCUCUGGUCUCUGCAGGAUUAAACAGGAAGAGGCUCCACCUGGUGGAACAACCAGGAACUACAGCUGAUUAUCUGCAUUUACUGACAUCAAGUAGAGAAAUUUUUUUUUUUUUUACAUCUGUUGUAGCCUCAGUACAAACUUCAUGAACACUUGGAGAACAUGGAUGCAGAAGUGAAUUUCUUUCUUAAUGUACUGCAGAACUAUAGUCAAACAUGUACUCUUAGUAGAUUUAAUACCUUUAUUGUAUUUGAAGUAUUGUACUCAGUAAAUGUUAUUGGAUUGGGACUCAGCUUAUCCUUUGUAUUAAUGACUCUGAUCAGGACGUCCCUAAUUAUACGAUCCCUCCUGUUCUGGGUGAAAAGUCCUGUGAUUGACCAAAACUUUACAAUUUAAUUUAGCAGAUGCUUUUAUCCAGAGCGACGUACGUCUGAGAGUAGAUCCAAGUGCUGCUCCCUGACCGGGGUUUGAACCACAGUCAGGAUGCUAAUCACUGAGCUAACAGCUGCUAAACCUCACAUCACACUUUCUAAAGCCUGAACACUGAGCCAGGAGGAGACGCAGAAUUCUAGUUUCCUCUCAGAUCACUUGUUUGCUGAAGGUUUAGAAGGAACUUUUACCGUGUGAUGCCAAACAAUCCUGCCUGCUUCAGCUUUAAACGAGAAGACCUGUGUGAAGUCUGGACUGUGAACAUGAAGCUUAGCUUAGCAUAAAGACUAGAAACAGGGUGAAACAACCGGCCUGGUUCUGUCUGAAGGUAAAACUGAUCCUCUGACCAGCCAGGGUGUGACUGUAGACGAACACUGUUGAUGUUUACUCUGGGAUGGAGCUGUGUGUGUUUGUUUACCCGCUUACAGAAGCAGGCUUUAAAGCUAGCAGACCAUGAAAUCACUGAAUCUGACACAAAGCUCCUUUCAGACCUGAACUCCCCUCCAUUAAUCUGACAGCAUCCGAACGUGUCGGCUUCGUGUCUGAAUAAACGUCCUGCUUCUGAAAGAGUCGGAACUGCAGAUUUACCAGGUCAGACUAGAAAAGGUUUCACUUUUUCACAACAAAUCGCAGGUCUGAGCUAUAGGAGGUCACUUUAACAGAUAGACGUAGACGGUCAUGCCGCUGCAGUAAUCCUGGUAAAAUGGAAAGUAAUUGUUCUUGUCCUCUGAAUAAAACAAAUAAGAUGUUAAUCAGUGAGCUUUAGAGAUGCUGCUAGGCAGAGCUAGGCUAGCUGUUUCCACCUGUUUCCAGUCUUUAUGCUAAGCUAAUCUAACGGUCUCCUGCUUCAUUCUCACAGUCCAGAUGUCAGACUGCUCCUCAGAAACCUCCUGACAGAAAGCGACGGGGCAGUUUGACGUCAGUGAAGGUUUAGUUUGGUUCAGGUGUGACGAUCGCUGCUGUUUUGCUGCUGAUGUUUCCAGACUAACUGGUGUUUCUGAGUCCUGAGUGCAGAUAAUCCUACGACGGAAUCAUCUCCCUGUGGAAAGCCAUCCAACCUCCUCCUGGAGAAGCUCAUCCUGCUGCUCUUCUCCUCUCCGUCCUUGUCUCCUUUAUCAACCCGUGUUCCUUAAGUUUAACUUUGCACGUUGCACUGACUUUAAUCUGCCUUGCUUUAGCACCGAUGCUUCUGGUGUGACCCGUAGACGGCCCUUAGCGAUGACGGACGCCGAUGAGAACAAACUGGACGAGGAAUGUGCUCAGAGCUGCUGUGUUUAAACCGUUCACUGGAAGUUUUCAUUUGUUGGCCCUUAAUUCUUCCCAGAACUGAAGCGAGGUUGAGAUGCCAAAGUUUCACUCACAUUCUAGCUUUAUUCAUGCUAAUUUCUCCUUUAAUUACCAGGAUUUAGUGGUUUUAUUAAGUUUUAGGAACAUUUUGCACUUUGUUUUCGCUCAUUUGCUGUGAAUUUGACUAAAAAAAUGAUGUGUUUGUGUCAUUCGGUGCGUCUCUAAAGGUGAAUGAUGUGUCAGUACCGGCUCAGCACACAGGGGGGCGCUGCUGCACCGAGCUGGAGCAGCAGCAGGAGCCAGGAGGAUGCUUGUGGGUUUGCAGAUAUGAACAUUUGACAAGAAGAUGUUUUAGUGAAACGGAGGAGUCGUCCGCACAUCGUCUGCUCCUCCUGAUCGAAUGUUUAAACCUUCAGGGACCAAACGUGACUCCGUGAUGAUGUCACGGCGGUGAAUCUGUCAAGACGUGAGCGUUGAUGUUGAUGAUGUUGUUGUAGUUGUGUUGCUCUGGUUGGUUGUGCAUGUGAGUAGUGUAACAGGAUGUUCAUUUUAUCGUUGGGGAUCUUAGUGUCAGAAAGACGAGGACCUGACCGUAGACGACAGACAAAACUGAACAACUGGACUGAGAUCAGUUCAUCCAGAGCUGGACAGACGUCACCAGGACGGGUACGGCAAGCUGUUUGAGCGUUUAAUAGCUGAAGCUGUAGAAGAUUCCCUCUUACAGAACAUUUUAGAAAUCCUCCACAACAAAUGAAGUCUGUGAUGAGUGGAAUCUGAAACUAUCAUUCAGACUGGUUCAAACUGAAUUCCAGAGACCUCAAAGUGUUGUUUUUACUGGUCAGAAUGAUGCUGUUGGUCCCCAAACUUGGCUGUUAAAUGUUAAAAUGCUCCAAAGCUGUCUGUUAAAGGAUGUCAACUACAUUCUAAGUGUCUGAUAGGUGGAAUCUGAAUUUAUUAUUCUGACAGUUCAAACCACCGAUACAGAUCUGUGUUUUUCACUUUAGAUUAGUCUUAAUAAUGUUAUUUAUAUCUGUUAGUGUGAAACUGUCUCAGGACUGCAUUCUAAAUGUAAGUGGCAUCAGCAAAUAUUCUGAUUAAUUCUAACGAGAUGACAGAGAUCUCUAACUGUUCUGUUUUUACUGGUCAGAAUGAUGUUGUUGGUCGUCAAACUCAGCUGUUAAAUGUUAAACUGGUCUUAAACUGUCUGGGAAAAGACAUCAGGACUGCAUUAUAAGUGUGUGAUAAGUGGAAUCUGAAACUAUUAUUCUGACUAGCUCAAACUGAAUUACUGAUUUCUCUAACGGUUGUUUUUACUAGUCUAGUCUACUAGUUUUACUAAUAGUUAAAUGUUAAAAGGUUGUUAAAUUGCAUGAGGAAGGAUGUCAGGACUGCAUUAUAAGUGUCCGAUAAGUGGAAUUUGUGGAUAUCCUGAUUAGUUCAAACUAGAUAACAGAGAUCUGUAACUGUUUGUUUUUACUGGUCAGAAUAAUGUUGAUCGUCAAACUCAGCCGUUAAAUGUUAAACUGGUCUUAAACUGUCUGGAAAAAGAUGUCAGGACUGCAUUAUAAGUGUCCGAUAAGUGGAAUUUGUGGAUAUCCUGAUUAGUUCAAACUAGAUAACAGAGAUCUGUAACUGUUUGUUUUUACUGGUCAGAAUAAUGUUGAUCGUCAAACUCAGCCGUUAAAUGUUAAACUGGUCUUAAACUGUCUGGAAAAAGAUGUCAGGACUGCAUUAUAAGUGUGUGAUAAGUGGAAUCUGGAACUAUCAUUGAGAACAGUUGAAACCACUGUCAGAUCUGUCUAAUUCAUUUUGGACUGGUCUGAAUAAUGUCGUUUAUGUCUGUAAAGUUAGUGUGAAACUGUGUGGGAAAGACGUCAGGACUGCAUUCUAAAAGUGUCUGAUAGGUGGUGUCUGGAACUAUUAUUCUGACGAGCUCCCACAGAAUUAAUGAUUACGGUUGUUUUUACCAGUCUAGUCUACUGGUUUUACUUGUAGUUAAAUGUUUAAAGGUGGUUAAACUGUUUGAGGAAGGAUGUCAGGACUGCAUUGUAAGUGUCUGAUAACUAUUAUUCUAUUUCAAACUAAUUUAAAGAUAUCUCUACUGUUUUACUAUUCAGAAUGAUAUUGGACCUCAAACAAUCACCUGUUCAAUGUUAAAAAUGGUAAAAACUGUCAGGUCAGGACUGCAUUCUAAGUGUCUGAAACUAUCAUUAUAAUAGUUCAAACCACUGUUAUAAAUCUGUGUGUUUCACUUUAGGCCAGUCUGAGCAAUGUUUAUAUGUGUAAUGUUGGUGUGAAACUGUCUCAGGACUGCAUUAUAAGUGUCUGAUAAGUGGAAUCUGAAACCAUCAUUCUGAUUGGUGCAGACUCUCUCACUGAUCAGAGUGGUUACAGAUAUCUGGAUUAAAGGUUCUGACUCGUCCUCGAUGAUAUCUUCAGUACUUCUGGUUAAAUGUUUGAACAACUUCCCCUGAACAGCUGACAGGAACAAACUAACCUCUGGAUAUCAAACAGCUGAAGAUCAGUCGUGAUGUUUUUUUUCUGCUCCAGGUCCGUUGGUGUUUAUAAGGAGAUGCCCGGUGACCAAUAAUCCUCCGUAGACUUUUAAAAAUGCCGUCAAUAAUCUCUCUGACUGAGAACUGAGUCUUCUGUCGUCCAAAUGCCACAGAUUUCCCCAGGACUGUGUUCCAGAUGAUGUGUGAAUGGACUAAACGGACAAUCCAACCAGAGACAAUGAUGUACAAACCCAAAGUGGCGCCUGUAGAUAAUGUACCAUAUGUUCUUUUUUAAUUUUCUACCAGCCAAACCGCUGAUAUUUAUAACUAUUGCCUAUUUAUGUACAAACUGUUCUCCUGUAAAUACCCGGCAGUCGGUUGAAAUAAAACUCUUUUGCAGUAUAAA